UCACAACAUAGUGUAGUCGUUACCAACAUUAUAAAUACCUCAUUUCAAAUAAUUAAUUAUUAUGAAUGAAUAUUUAAUAAAUAGGGUUAUUUCAACAAAAUAUUUCUGAGAUCAAUGUACCAGUUUUUAGAGAAAAUGGUGCCUAUAAGAUGGAACAAUUUCUGAAACCUAUUUUGGGAAAAUUUUUUGGGAGUUUUAUCCCAUUAAUUGACGUUGCUGACCCAAAUUUGUUCGGUUUUCUAGCUCUGCAGUUAUUUUUAUUUAUUGUUUUAGAAUAAUUUCAAAUACCAAGCAAUAUGUUAUAAAUCCGAAAAAUAUGAAAACUUUAACUGAUAUUUCAGAGUAUCAAUAAGUAUUUCAGGUAUCAAAGGAAAAAUUGAAGCUGUUGGUUAUGUAUCCAGACUUGAGCAAGAUGUCUGGUGCAGGAGAUCAACAAAUAGAAAUUCCGAUAUCACAACAACAAAAUAGAUAUUAUAGGACGAUAUUUGAAAAGUAUGACAAAGAUAGAGAUGGAUUAAUCAAUGUAUGUGAACUAAGAGACUUAAUUGAGAGCGGAGAAUAUGAGAACGAUAUACCAUCACAUGUUAUUAAGCAAAUUCACGACUUGGCUGAUAAUGAUAACAGUAAAAAAAUAGAUUUUGAUGAGUUUGUUGCAAUGCUGAAUAACCCUGAAUUCGAAUUUGCUUUCGGGAGGUAUAUGAACAGGUUCAUUCAGAUGACUAUCCCGCCAAGGAGGCCAUUAACAGAAACAGUCACAGAUGGUAUUUACGAAGAAGAGUAUACCUGUUACCCACCAGCAGUAGGAAUGAUAAUCAUAUCUUUAAUAGAAAUUAUAUUCUUUUGUAUAGAUGAAGCUGCUGAACAAAACUCCACCAAGUCAACAUCAGGUCCAGUAGCAAAUCAGUUCAUUUAUAACCCUUAUAGAAGAAUACAAGCAUGGAGAUUCAUCACCUAUAUGUUUGUACAUGUUGGGGCAUUCCACUUGGUGAUAAAUCUAUUGGUUCAGUUACUUCUAGGGGUCCCUUUGGAGAUGGUGCAUAAAUGGUGGCGGGUACUUAUUGUAUAUUUUGCAGGAGUUUUGGCAGGUUCAUUAGGAACUUCAAUCACAGAUCCCACUGUUAAAUUAGCUGGUGCUAGUGGUGGAGUUUAUUCUUUAAUCACUGCUCACAUCUCAACAAUAUUUAUGAAUUGGGAAGAAAUGACUCUACCAGGUCUUCAACUGUUUGUUUAUUUAGUUGUGAUAGCGGCUGACGUAGGCACUGCAAUUUAUAAUAGAUAUGUACUAGACGUUGAUCAACAUAUAGGAUAUGCCGCUCACCUAGCAGGAGCAGUUGCAGGACUUCUGGUCGGCCUCAAUGUCCUAAGAAAUCUGGAGGUUACCCACAGAGAGAGAAUUAUAUGGUGGGCAUCUUUUGUUAUUUAUUUCUCUUUGAUGGGAACAGCUAUUAUUUGGAAUUUUGCAUGGCCCAGUUAUUGGCCACCUUACCAGACGCAUAUACUUAAUGAAAAUAAGAAUUAUUUUAGUAAUUCAACUAAAUUUAGCUACAACUGAGUGCAAAUUACAUUAAUUGAAUUAAGUGGAAAUAUAGCAGCUGUGUUUUUUGUUUAUAUUGUCCGACCAAUGACGACCUGAAUAUAUUGUAAUUGUAGAUCUGGUUUAUCAGAAUAAUGUAUAUUAUUGAUUUUGAUAUAACAAUUUUUGCUGUCAAGAUUUUUUUCCUUUACAUUGUACAAUAAUGAUAUUUAUAUUUUUUGAAACUUUAUAUGUAUUGAGAGAGUACAAAUGGAUAGUGUGGUUUGAAAUAUUUUUCAACGUCUCUCGAUAGAAGAUGUGAAUGCAUUAAUUGAAUUCUUUUGAUUCUCUUUGCAAUAUUUCGAUAAAAAAGUAUUUCCUAUUUUGUAUGAUAAAUAUAGUAUUAUGA